UCGUUUCUUUUUAAUAAGGAAUUUUCAACGGAAAGGAGUUGCGAAUUGAGUAGCGCGCCAACUCGAUCUGACGACAGCGACAACGACGAUAACGACGUUUCAUUGGCUCGAUUUCUCUUUAGUUUUCAGCUUGACGACAAACGGUUAAUCGACUUUUUCGUGCACGUUUAAAAAAGCUUGAUUUUCUUUCGUUCGGUUUUUUUUUCUUUUUUUUUUUUAAUCGUAAUUAUCACGCGUGUGUAAAAACGUGUACGUGUGCGUGCGCGUGUACGUGUGCGUAUUCCUCCUCGUUUCCUCUCUUCUCCAGAAACGUGCAUCUCCUCUUCUGGAAACGUGUGCUACUUAUUCGAAUCAACUUCGUUGAAAAAAGAAGAGGCGGGAUUUUCAAAUUCAAACCUAUCGAAUAUUCGACCAGUUCUUUUUCUACUUACUACGCACACAUGCCGAAGUCGGGUUCUAAGUGGAGGUUCUGGAGAAAGCAGAAGAGAUCUCCUUUGGAACAAAAAAAGGAGGAAAAGGAGGAGCUAAAAAAGUGCAAACGAAAACGGGAAGACGAAACGAAGGAUACCGUAACGAUAAGUCGAAAAAAGGACGAGACCACGAGUACGAGUCAGGAUUGCAAGAGGAAAAUAAUGGAGAAUAUGUUACCUAAGUGCGAGGCUCGACUACCAAAAGUCACCCCGAUCACCGACGAUUACGAGAUCAGUAAUCACGUUCUGGGGCUUGGUAUUAACGGGAAGGUCGUACAAUGCUACGAUAAAAAUACUAGGGAAAAAUAUGCCCUCAAGGUUUUACACGAUUGUGUUAAAGCGAGAAGAGAAGUUGAAUUACAUUGGAGGGCGUCCAAUUGUAGACAUAUAGUCCAAGUAAAGGAUGUAUAUGAAAAUUCGUAUAGUGGAAACAAAUGUUUACUUGUGGUAAUGGAAUGUAUGGAAGGUGGUGAAUUAUUUCAAAGGAUUCAAGAUCGACAAGACAGUGCUUUUACGGAAAGAGAAGCUGCACAAAUAAUGUACGAAAUAUGUGUAGCUGUAAAACAUCUGCACGAUAUGAAUAUUGCUCACAGAGAUCUCAAACCGGAAAAUCUUUUAUAUUCCAAACCAGAUAGUACGGGAAUUUUAAAACUAACUGAUUUUGGAUUUGCCAAAGAAACACAUAUGAAAGAUACAUUACAAACUCCUUGUUAUACGCCAUAUUAUGUUGCUCCAGAAGUUCUGGGACCAGAAAAAUACGAUAAAAGUUGCGACAUUUGGUCGCUUGGUGUAAUAAUGUAUAUACUAUUAUGUGGCUUCCCACCGUUCUAUAGUAAUCACGGUUUAGCGAUAUCACCUGGAAUGAAAAAAAGAAUUCGAUUGGGUCAAUAUGAUUUUCCUGCUCCAGAAUGGUCUAAUGUAAGUGUACAAGCUCGUGAUCUCAUUAAAGGAAUGUUAUGCACAGAUCCAGCACAAAGAUUGCAGAUAGACGAAGUGAUGCGCAAUAAAUGGAUUGCCAAAUAUACAGAAGUGCCUCCUACGCCUUUGCACACUGGUCGUGUAUUAAGGGAAGGUGAAGAACUUUGGCCCGAGGUACAAGAAGAAAUGACUCGUUCUUUAGCUACAAUGCGGGUAGAUUACGAUACGGCAAAUCUUAAACAACUCGAUCAUACCAAUAAUCCAUUAUUAAACAAACGUAGACGCGCUAAACAAUCCAGCGCUAUUCCACCUACCGCUAAUCCAACUCCUGCUUCCUAGGAGGAUGUUUUAAGAGCCAGACACAACUGGCAUUUUUUGAUACGUCGAUGCAUUAGGUACAGCAUUAUUACAAUGCGGAUUGUUUUUUGACGACUUGCAUCAUCAUGCAAAGGAAACAAACUUGCAAAGUAGAUUAUUAUUUUAAAAGAAAUUAAUUGUGUGCAUAUGAGUGCACAUACAUAUAUGCAUGAAGGAUUAACAUGCAUUAUUGCUCGAUAUAUCGAGAGUUCUCUCUCUCUCUCUUUUUUAACUAUUGUAACAUUUUUAAUAUUAAUUAUUUGUACAAUUGUUUGAAAUAAUUUGCAAAACUUUUUUAAUCAUAGACGCAAUAAUAAACUUUAGUAUCAUUGUUCUUGAGCAAUAAUAGCAUGUAUCCUUCAUACAUAAUCUGUUUUAAUAAUUUAUAAUUUUUUUUCUAAACGAUACAAAAAUAUGGCCUGAUCAACAUUAUUUUAAACAUUAAUAUUCUAAAGGAAAUUAAGAGUAUAAAAAAGAAAAGUUAUUAGCAAAGAAAAAAUAAUAUACAAUAUUCGUUGAAGAACUAAUAGGUAUAUGUCUAAUUUCAUUUGAUAAACAUUUUUCUAACGAUAUAUUUACGUGAUAUCAUAUCAACGAUAUAUACAUAUAUUAAUUGCUGAAACUUAGUACAAAUUAUUCAAUUUUAUAAAUUUUUCGUUCUAGAACGUAAUCUUUACAAUGGCCUCUCAUCUAUAUAUAUCCCGAAAAAAGCUUUGAGUGAUUGAAUGUAGAGUAAUCAUGAUAUAAUAUAUAUUCUAAGAUAUAUUUGUUUCCAAAUUGAAAUUUGUUUAUUAUAUAAAUACAGCAACAAUUUACAUCACUUCUUUUUAAACCGUCCAAACUGCAAAAUGCUAGAAACAGAAAAUAAUAUCAAAUUAGAUAUUGUUAAAUACGAUAUCGCAUUAGUACGAAAUUAUUUAUGUUGAUUGUAAAAUGAUAACGAGAUUCUAAGAAAAAGUAUUCACUGAAUGAUUAAAAGUCAAUGUGAUUACUUGAUAAAAUAAUUAAUCGAUUUAUUCAGACGCUUCACACUGAUCUUUGUAUUAUUAACAUCUCACUACUUCAUGAAAUUUUCGCCUAAACAACACGAAUUUAGUGUUCCUCUUCGUCAUUUCACUAAAGUUUUAAGAAUGAAUAAAACUAUAGCAUUGAAAAUACAUUAGAACAAUUAUAGAGAAUAGAAUUAUAUGAAGUAUAAUACUUUAAAGAGUAUAUUUUUACCAAUAUGUUGAAAUAAAAAAUAUUACUUUAAAAUAUAUUAAUCGUAAUGUUGGUAUAGAAAUAUACUUGAAAAUUAAGGUGAUCAAAUAAAAAUAUAGAUUUUACUUGAUUAUAAGUGGAUAGUGUGUGUAUAAAUUUGAUUAUAUUUUAUAUAAAUAAAUUUAGUAUAAAUAUUUAAAGAAAAUAUAUCGUCAAUAUCGUCAAUCAAUAACUAAAUAUUAAGAAACAGAGUAUAGAUCAGACUGUUUUUUAUUUAGAAGUGACUGAUAUCUAUUAAAAUUGUAAAUAUUCUUUAGGAUAUAUAAAAUUUGUAGUUGAGAAAACGAAUCGUAUAUCAUUGAUUUAUAGAAUUUAUUCAGGGUGGUGCUACUAUUUUCAAAUCUUAAAUAUAUUAUAAAAGCAAUUUUCAGUAAAAAAUUUAUUUACUAAGACAGACGAUAUAAAGUUAUUAAUAUCAUGAUUAUACUGGCCUUAUAAACGAUUAUCCUAAAUUAGGUGUCUUUUCAUUCAUACUUGUUCGGUUAGAAGUAGAAUCACGGAUUGGAUGAUUAUAUGAAUUAUAAUGAAUGCUGAUUUGACAUGCAUUUAUGAAACUCGACAAUAAAAAUGUGAAUGUUCAAUUAUAGAAUUACUAUUUCAUCUCAUUGUAUUUCUAUGUAUCACAAAAGAAUUUUAAUUUUUAUCACUAUUAUUAUUAAACGAAAACCAAGCAAAACGCGAAAUAAAACGAACGGAAUAUUUGUAACAGUUAAUGCUUAGAAGAGUUAUAACUCAUUUGAUAUAAAUAUAAUGCAGAUAGUGAAUUAUAAUGUUCAUGCACAUGACAUACUAUUUCUGAUUUCAAAAUGAUACAAAUUUUAAUAAGGCUAUUACUUUUAUUGUUUCUUUUAAUGCCAUCAACAACUCUAGUAACAAUCAUGCACCAGUAUACAGUAUACACUGUUCUGUAGAUACAAGUAUUCUUAUAUUAUGUUCUUUCUCAAUAUGCGUGAGUGAUAAUGCAUAUAUAAUUCCUGAUAAAUAUUGAUCGAACUUUAUGACCAGUAUCUUGCAGGAAUAUAUAUACUGUAAGUACUUACAUUUAUUAUUGUUAAAAGUACUUGCAUCUUAAUGAGAAAAGAUUCAUUACAUCUAUGUAUAUCAAAAUAAAAAAAAAAAUAUGUUGAAUACAAAGUUAUACAAAAUUAUAAAUAAAAUAAUUUUUAGAAACAUAAAAAUUUCUUCUUUUGCCUAGCUAUUUUAUUUACUCAGUGAAAGUAGCAGAUUUAUUUAAUUCGUAUAUCUUUUUUGAAAAUAUUUAGAACUUAAUUAAAGUUUUGCAUGAGAAACAAAUUAUGCUUUUUUACUUACUAAUUUAUCGUUUAUAGCAUUACGAUUUGUUAAAUCUUAAAUGUAGAAUAAAUUUAAGAAUAUACAAUCAGGUAUAAAAUAUGAAUAAAUUACUUAUAAUAAUUAUAAUUAAAAUGAGUCUUGUAUACUGAAUGUUUGUUACAAACAGUCGUUAAAAAUGCAACAUCACAUUUUGAAAUGAUUGAUUCAUAUAAAUAUACUAUCCUGUAGAAAAUACACUAGAUAUGCUAAUUUUUUCACACAGCUCUGGAAUAAGUAUUUUCUGUACGAAUGAUUUUUUUUUUUUUUUUUUUUAUAUAUAUAUUAACGAUUAUAAAAUUUGAAAUAUUGAAAUUCUUUUGAAUUUAGUUAAUAACAUUUAUUUUAGAAAUGAAAGGGAAUAUGAACCUAAUUAGAUAUCUGCAAAAACAAUAUAAUGCAUUUAAUCCUAUUAUAAUUGUGCACAGAAUAUUUUAUAAUAUAUGAUAAGAUAAAUCUAAUACCUAAUUAGAGAAAUACAUUAGGAAAGUAAUUUCGAGUAUAGAAAAAGAGAAAUAUUUUCCUUACAUACUUCUUGAACUCAAUAAUACAUAUCAAAACAUGCUAAUUAAAUGAAUAAUGACAUAAUAGAUUUCAUAGAAAUCAAUAGCUAUUGUAAAAAUUAUCGCGUGAUAAAUACAUCUGAACUUUCCAAAAAAAAAAAAAAGAAA